AUGACGCUGACAACGGAUCAGUACCUUGAGAAGAUCGGAAGCUUUGGUCGUUAUCAAAUCUCUCUUCUGAUUUUUCUAAAUGGCUUGAUGUUCUUCUGGUUUGGUUGGCCUGUUAUGAUAGUGGCCUUUAUCACCGCCGAGCCGGCCUGGAAAUGUGUGUCCAACAGCAGUGUCUGUCCGCUAAACGGAACCAUGAGGCCCAGACACGACAAUUACAGCUUCAGAUGUGACAUUCCUCGUGAUCAGUGGGAGUUUGUUGAUGAUUUCACUUCUGUUGUGACUGAGGUAACUAAAGCUGUUAAAAUCCGAGAAUGAGUUUAACUUUCAUGCUCCUGAAUAUCGUCAAGCAGUCGAACUUUUACACGGCAGCCACUGUUGAAACAACAUUAGGUCAGACUCGUACCCAGUCGCUAUUUAAGUGUUUUUUGGGAUGAGAGAAGAUUGGGGAUUAGGUUGAGGCGCGUGACGACGCUAUUUUUCCUUCUUCCCUUCCCAUGAGACCCCGCGCGCGCCUCAACCUAAUCCCCAAUCUUCUCUCAUCCCAAAAAUCACUUAAAUAGCGACUGGGUACGAGUCUGACAUUAGGUGGCUAUGUACUGUGUAGGUCGUGUAAAGAUGUCCGUUAUGUAGAAGUAAUGGUGUCAGUAUGAUCCGCAGUCCAUAAAAAAGAAUUAAAGAUUAUCUUCAUUGGAAGCUACGUAAAAUCUGAAUUACGAUUGCUCUUUGUCCCACUAUUGUUAGUGUUUGUGGUCGCGUAGUCUUCUUAGAUCAGGGAAUAAGAUAUCAAAAGUGUAUUUUCCUGUUUGGGAAAAUGCUACGCUGGCAGUUUUAAUUUACCAAUAUUGGAAAGGUGUUAUCGAAGAAACUAAAACAAAGACAAAAAACGUACAAUAAAUUUUUUGUAGGUUUUGCUAGAGCAUGUUUUCUCAAGGGAUCAAUCAGAGCACACAGCCAGGAUCGAACCUGUAACGUGUCUUAUGCGCGGGAAAUCGUUUGGAAAAGUUUUACUAUACUUCUGACGGGCUGGAAAUUAAAAGGUCAACGGAGGAUUGUUUUAGCUAAUUACACCGCGCAGUGAUACAAAACAAUAUCAAGUUACCUCCCACCUGGCUGUAGAAACCACUCUGUUUUCGAGAAGCUAUCUGAUAGUAGUGCAAUGACUAGAUUUUACAAGUACACGAACUAAGCUUCCUGAGAAGUUAACUUAAAGUUAACUUAUUGCUAGCUAGCCCUGUUUAAGGUCAAUUAUUUGCCGACAUCAUUGGUGCCGCUAGCCAUACACGAAGUGAUCCUUAAGAGUCAAAAAGAAGACAUCAAAUAAAUUUCACCAGGGAGCACUAACCUAAUACCAGUUGUAUUAGAAAACCGCAGGUCAUCUUGGGGGGGGGUGCGCACCCCCUGCACCCUCCCCCUAGAUCCGUCCCUGAAAACCAGACCAUUAUGUUUGGAGUUCAAUUGAUUCGAAGAUACGUUUUACCUUUUUAAAAAGACAGCAAAUGGCGUGACAUCCCUCUAAGCUCUUCCGCUGACAUGUUUGCAUUGUCUCUUUUGAUUGAACAGUUUGACCUGGUAUGUGAGCGGGGUCUAUACGGCACUAUUGGAUCGUCUAUGAUAUUCGUUGGCUUUUUUCUGGGAGGAGUCGCAGUGGGUCCAUUUAGCGACAAGUUUGGCAGGAAAAUCACCAUGUACAUAUCUGGAGCUAUCGUUUCUAUAUUUAGCCUUGUAGCAGCUUUCCCGCACGCAUUUUGGCUUUUUGCUUUCUUUCGAUGCCUGAUUGGAUUUGGAAUAGGUUAGUCAAAAAGUGACAGUGGCCUGUUUUAUUAUUAUUAUUUAUAUUAUUAUUAUCAUUAUCAUUAUCAUUAUCAUUAUCAUUAUCAUUAUCAUUAUCAUUAUCAUUAUCAUUAUUAUUAUUAUUAUAUUAGAUUUUUAAUUUUUUUUUUUACUGCAGAAGCUAUUUUAUCACCAAAUCAAAAGACUAUAUACGAUGAUGCUCACAACUUAGUAUCGCACUAUAGCUAAACAAAAGUAGUCUGCGACUACAAAACAUAGCCUGCAGUGCAGGCGUAUUUUGGGUGGGCGAAACCUUGUUCGUGUUCGUGAUAUUGUUGUAGACGCCAUCUUUGAUUUUAUGACUGUGGAAGAUUGGGGAGAGUAGAAAUAGUAACCCUUACGGUAGGUGCGAUGGCGCCCUUUGACUCGCCCCAUCUCCUCCUCUCCUCGGGAAGUUUCAACAUGGCGCUUUCGCGAGCAAAUUGCGCGCUAAAAGAAAACGCCUGCACUGCAGGCUAUACAAAACACAGUAAUGAAAUAAAUGAACAAUGUGCUAUAUUUUCUUUAACACUCGCCAAUCGUUUCUCAAAAGUUCUAACUUUCUUUUGGCAGGCAAUUGCAUACGCAGCGUAGUCUAUAGCUAACUAAGAUCUCUGUAAAAGCUAGUGCUCCCGCGUCAUUGAAAUCUUUGAACAAUGUCUACGAUCUGUACUGUAGAAAGUUGCGUAAGACUUCAAUUCAACCCAAUCAGUUAAUUUUUUGGUGACCAAUCAGAAUCGGAACACGUGUCAGUAUUUCAGCCACUACUUCAUGGAAGAAUAUCAAUACCAAGUAAAGAUUUUUUUGGUUGAAAAAAAGUCCUGACACGUUUUUUCUCCCGUCAGGUGGAUACAGUAUUGCCUCGUAUGUUCUACUGACAGAGCUCGUGGGAAUUCGCCACCGAAGCACUGCCGGUUGUUCCAUUUGGUAUUCAUUCAACCUAUCCAACAUGGCGCUGGCCGGACUAGCAUAUCUGGUUAGGGACUGGCGAAAGCUCUCUCUAAUAAUGGGUGCUCCAGCAAUUCCUUUUCUUCUUGGAUGGUUGUAAGUCCCUUUACCCUUAUUUGAUAGGUUUUGUCAGUAAUCGAACACGAGAAACCAGAAACUUGGGGGAAAGGAUUCGAAAAAAGGAGCGUGCCCGCGAAACAUGUUCUCAUAAUGAGGUCAUUAAUCUUUGUAAGUUUAUAUUGAAUUACACGCUCAUAGUUUCUCAUUCGUGGUUCAAUAUGCCAUCGCACUUCGAGUAUAUUGGCAUUUCAAAGGUAAUUUGUUUCCUUAUUCGAUCACUAGCAAACUGGCUUCAAUUACCUGUCGGUAAAGUUAUUGCACCGAGAAAAAUGAAGCAAAUCAGCUAUAAUUUUAACAAUGUUACCAGUACUUACACUGGGCAUAGGUAAUGGAAUAGGUAAUGGGAUUAAGAGCAUAAUUUAUUAGUCUCGCUUGCUUUAGCGGCGAGACUCAGAAAAUGCAAGUGUUUUUAUUUUUCUUUUUUCGUAGUGUCUGCCAUAAAUAGUGGUGGGUCGUGGUCCCAGGCGUUCCUAGCGGAGACCGUGGAAACUGGGGAUAAGAAUCGUGACCACUUUCAUUGUCUACAAAUGAGUCUCGUAAUGAGCAUCCGGUUUAUUUUUGGCGAUGACUGAAAUGACGCAUUAAGUUGAUCACGUUUUGGCUGUUUGGCAAUGAUGUAAUUUUUCCCGAAUCGACGCCCUUCAGUUUCGUGUAAUUAUACACGCAUAUUAAAAAGUAAAUACCCUUGAGAAUACUCGACCGUUGAUAAAGUAGGAUGAGAAAAUGAUAUAGCGGGAAAAUCCUGUUUUGUGGUGUAUUGCCGAGGCGUCACGUUUCUCAGAAUAUUGCUGCAAUAACUGGAACUCUACGGUUAAAUAGAUUCACUUUGUUGUAUGUAUUUAACUGAUAGAUUUUCGCAGUUGAUAAGAUGUGAAGUCGCGUUUACUUGACACGUCAAUGAUUUAACCUUCAUCUGCUCUUGGAAGCAACUUCAACUACCCGUCUGACGUUACGUAUGUGUCACGGAUGUGUUUGUACGGGAAGCUUUGUACUUGUCUGUUACGCAUUCUACUUGCAGCCUUCAUGUCCAUACAACAGAAAUCCCAUGUCGAGCUUUUCCGGAACGGGUCGGUUCACGAAUUCUAUUGCUUGAAAGCGUUGGAACAAGUGAUUACUUCAGUGGUCGAAAAAAAAAAAUCUUAAUGAGCACAACUUCGAUGGUGAAGUUAACUGGUCGGGUGUUGUAAACUUUCACUGUAUGCAAAUGAGUCUUGUGAUGAGCAUACGGCUUAUUCUUGGCGAUGAUUGAAAUAUCACGUGUCAUUAAUUUUCGUUUAUUUAUCAAUUCAGAAAGAAAUCGUCGAAUACGAUAUAAAAAGUAAAUAUCCUGAAGAAUACUCGACCGUCGAUAAAGUAGGAGUUGAAAAACUUUUAGAGAGGAAAUCCUGUUUCGUGUAGAAUUAAUCGCCUCCUAGAUCGCGAGCAGUCUUAUUUUUCUUUUCAGUCACAGUAGGUCGAGAGCGUAAUUUUACUUUUUCGCUCGCCGCGCGUGGCUCUGAGAAAAGAAGGACGAGACUCAACGCUACUAAGAGCAUUCUUGUUUUAUUUGGGUUAGAAAUGUAGCAGAAUUGGCCCUGAUUACAUGAGCCGGGCUUGCCCGUUUUGCCGAGCUGGCAUCGGUUUGCCAUGGCGACGUAAAUACCCUGAAGAAUACUCGGUUUUGCCAAGGUGACGUUUAUCCUGUAGACGUGAUUAGAGCCAGCUCCGAGCCGGUAUGUUUACAGAUAGAUUAAAAGGAUUGCGCAUGAGCAGUGUGUUACUCGCGGUCCUGUUGCUAAGUCCUGUUGCUGGUUUGGUUCGCCAGGCUUACCCGGCGUGCGUGCCGGAUUACAUGGAACAUUUCCAGCCGAUUCUGAGCCAGGAUCCCGGCAUUACGGUACCGGGUUCCUGGCCAUCCAGGCUUGCUCAGCUGUCAUAUAAUCUUUUUUUUCGCGUUUUAUCAACGUGCCAAGAUCUCGGCAAGUGAGCAAGCACAGCACACGUGAUCACCCCAUGAUAACAACAUAACGUUUUUUUUUCUCCGUGCAUUAUCACAGUUUUUCUCCAGAAUCAGUCCGUUGGUUUUUGGUGAAGGGCAAAACAAAACAAGCGGAAAACAUCCUUCACAAAGUAGCUAAAUUUAACAAGAAGCCGAUACCGCAUGAAAAACUGCAGGACUGUGAAAAACAGCGACUUGGAGACUUGAGAGAUUUGUUCAAGUCUAAAUCAAUAGCGCACAAGACCCUUGUUUCUUGGUUUUGCUGGUGAGUUAUCAAAUUUUCAAUUUAUUUUAAUUCCUACACAUGCUUCUGCAUUAAUAAAUUCAGGCUAAGUACUCAAAACAAAAACGCAAGAGUGACCCUCGUCUUAAACUGAGCAUUAAAUGAAAGAGCUUUUUCUUUUCGAAAAAAUCAGUUUAAAAAAGAAGCUUUUCUCUUUUUUACUGUUCGGGUGAGUUUUACAGCAACAAGUGCGAAAUAGCCGGCAACAUGCAUGAAGAGCGGGGCAUUCCUAAGUAAAAACACGAAGUUUACAUGUUGUUUAGAGUAGUUUAGGGCGCAACGGUUACUUGAUUUUGUUUGUUUGUUUGUUUAUUUUUCUGGGGAAUCUCAUUAAUUUGACUUCAUCUUAUGGAUUAUGGAUAAAAUGCGGGAAAAUCUUAUUUACAUAAGGCCGUACCCUAUGCUUAGGUGAUUUAACCGGUUUGACAAAGACAUAAAGAGGUGGGGAGAAAAUAAAAUAACUGAAGAGAAAAGAAAUAAUUGACAUUUAGUUCUGCGAUUGCUUGUCUGUGCGAUUAAGCAUAAGUUAGCAAGGUCGUGAGUUUAUUUCUAGCUGUUUACAGUGCUGUAAAUUAUUUGCGGUAAUCAAAGCUCUCAACAUUUACAUUUACCGAAGUUUCAAUGAUAAAACAGUUUUUUUUGUUGUUUUCUUUUUCAAUUUAGGUUCGUUAAUGGCAUGGUGUAUUACGGAGUGUCCUUCAGCUCCCCCACAGUAGGAGGCAACAUGUAUCUCAACUUCUUUAUAACAAGCACCAUUGCACUAGUGGCUUACCCCGCUUUGGCAUGGGGCUGUAACCGGUAUGCAACCUUGCUUGUUUAAGGUUAUGCUUCCGCACCACACACUAGUCAGUUUCUCCGUUAGUCAAUGCUCUCCUGCGCUCCAAUGCCUUAGUCAUUGAUGCAUUUGUCAUUUACACUCCACCAUUCUUUUUAAUUUCUUUACUCUCUUCAUUUGUAAUUUAAAUAGCUCAAAUAGCUGAAUUACACCCUCGCUCAUCUUACUACGUGACUUUUUUUUUACCAUUCUUGUAGAUUUGGUCGUAAGAAAACCAUCUGCUGCGGUCUGUUUUUCUCUGCUUUUGGUGCCUUUGGUUCGGUAUUACUUACAUUAUUUGAUGAUGGAAAGAACACAGGUAUAACAAUUUUUAACAAGCUAUCGUAUAACUCGAGUAUAAUUCUAACGGUUUUGGAUAACAUUUUUAAACAUGUGACUCCCACCCAUUGUCGUUUCUCAAGAAGUUGUCAGCAAAACAUCGUUAAUGUAAGGCAUUUAUUCACGUUUUAGGUCCUUUAAGUUUUCUGCUUUUUCUCAUUAAAAAAAGGACUUUUAAUAUAUCAAAUGUAGCUUUUUUAUUAAAAAAAAACAUCAUUUACGUGAGGGAAACAUGUUUUACAUACAUGUACAUCAAUUCAAAGAAAUUGACGACAAAAAUGGAAGCAGUAUAUAAAGUGGAGAGAAAAAAGAACUAAUUACAGUAUUCUCAAGAUGAAAGAAACAAGUGUGUCUCUUUUAAAACGCGAGGGCGGGGUUAGGCCGACGUAAAGAUAGUAUUGUCUGGGUUUCCCCGAAAGCAACGUCUGCAUCCCAAUCAUAUUUAUAGAUUAGCCUUUUAAAAAUUAGUUUCCCAGUUUACCCUAGGGGUAAUGUGGCGAUCUAAAGAAGAACGCAAUUCAGACGUUUCGUUAUGUAAAUAAUAUCAACUGCUUUUCUAAAGUCUUUGUUUCAUUUUAAUGUUUCCUGUUUUAGGAAUAUUAGUUGGGAAAAUAAUAUUUUCACUAUGUAUCGCCAAGUUUUUCAUCGUGUUUGCUUUUGACGGAUUCUACGUUUAUUCAGCUGAGCUGUUUCCAACUGUCAUUAGGUAAAUGUCUUCUCUUUUUCUUCUAUUCACAUCCAGGCAUGAGGCAUGAAAACCUUUUGUUAGUGUUUUUAAAGAUUUUCAGUAGUUUACAUUCUCGCCAAGGGAAACAGUUAGAAAGACUGUCGUCAAGCAUUGUCUGUAUUUAAAGUAGUUAUAAACUAAUCAGUGUUCCUGCAAUCCACAGAAAUAUCGGUAUGGGAACCUCGACUUCUGCUGCUCGUGUUGGUUCCUUCCUUUCUCCCUACGUUGUCUUUUCGGUACGUUUAUCCUAUUUUGAAGUGACCUGUCAUUAAAUGCUAAGAUCAGCAAUGUAAGGCCUGAACAAAAUCAUCCUUGGAGACCCUCUGGUCAAUCAGUCGGGUCGGAAGAAACAGGGCGACGACUUUUUUAAUGCCUUGGUACUUGAAGACUUUUGUUGUACAGUUUCUCCUGAUCCGACUAUACUGGCCAUUAGUCUUCAAAGAUGUUACAUUUUGUGUCAGAAAGCGAAAACGUUUUAAGAAGGUCAUGUGAAACUUUUUGUCACCGUAUUUUUUGGGUUAUAAGGCGCAACAUGUGUUCACCAAAUGUUGGAUUAAUAUAGCUCACAAUGUGUUGUAAUUUCGCGGUGCGUCUCAAGGCAAGAAAACAAAAUUUUGCCAACUUUUUUACUUUAAAAGCUCUACCUGUUCAUCCUCUACUUUGUUACCUGUGGUCAAUGAAAGUUUUGUCACUUAAGUAACAUUCAGAGGAUAUGAUUUUAUUCAGAAGGCCCUUGAUGAUACCAUGAACAAUGACAUUUUUUUUGGUCUAUUUCUUGGUUUUAGUAAUUGCGGAUAACUUGUGACUUAAGGAAUUAUACAAGUACCUUCUCUGGAAGUUGACAGUUGUUGGAAGCCCUCCUAUUCACACCGUGCUCCAGUUUGAAAUCCCAACGAAUUAGGUUUAAAUAACAAAACAAAAGUCAUCUAAUCAAUUGACAAGCCCUCGGUCAUAAGGACAUAUUAAGUACGAAUUGUCGAUGAUUGUCAUUUGUUAUCUUCCUCUACAACAGCAACGUGUUCAUCCUCUCCUGCCGUUUGGCAUCAUGGGUAUCAACGCUUUGAUUGCCGCGCUACUAUGCAUGACAUUACCAGAAACGCGUAACCAACCAACUUUGGAGACCUUUACAACAUCAGAUCAACAAGGUGACACUAUGAAAGAGAUGAUGGUUAAGGAAAGCGAUGAUGGACAUACAGAUGACAGCCGUUUGUAA